UUUAGCUUUGACAAAGGCGCUGAGUGUUAUAUAGCCAACUGAAUGAAGCAGCAGUCAGCCAAGUUGACAUACCUUAAACUGAGGUUACCGCAGAGAACGUGGCCGGAGAAAGUAAGAAGACAGAGACGUAGUAUGAACACGUAUUACUCUGCCUUCCAUUUCCUAAUUCUCUGUUUGCUUCUCCUCAUCAACGCACCUGCCUCUUCAAAAUGCAUCAUCGACACUCUCCCGGGAUUUCCUGGAACCCUACCUUUCAAACUUGAAACCGGAUACAUUGGCGUGGGAGAAAAGGAUGAAGUGCAGCUGUUUUACUACUUCAUUCAAUCAGAAAAUGACCCACAAAGAGACCCUCUCAUACUAUGGCUCAACGGCGAACCUGGUUGCUCUGGUUUUUCAGGCCUCGUUUAUGAAAUUGGUCCAUUGGGUUUUGACGUUGAAGCUUUUGAUGGAAGCUUACCCUCUUUGGUUGUAAAUCCUUAUUCAUGGACGAAGAUUGCUAGCAUUAUAUUCAUAGACUCCCCUGCUGGAACUGGAUUCUCCUAUGCCACCACUUCACAAGGUUAUAUUAACUCUGACAAUAAAACUGCUGAAUAUAAUUACUCCUUUCUGAGGAAGUGGUUGUUGAAUCACCCAGAGUUUGUCAAAAAUCGUCUCUACAUUGCAGGUGACUCUUAUGGAGGCAAAAUUGCCCCAAUGGUAGCUCUGGAAAUAGCGAAAGGUAAUGAAGCUGGACUUAAGCCACGAAUGUUACUCCAAGGUUACAUUGUUGGAAAUUCAAGAACAGAUGCAAAUAAAGAUGAUAACGAGAAGGUUCCUUAUGCACACAGGAUGGCACUCAUAUCAGAUGAACAUUUUGAGCUAGCAAAUAGCAGCUGUCAUGGGGAGUAUGUGAAUCCAGAUUCAGAAAACAUACAAUGCCUUUAUGCUCUUCAACUUGUUAAAGAGUGCACGAGCCAUAUCUCUGAGAAUCAUAUUCUGGAGCCAAAAUGCAAAUUCAUGUCACCGAGACUUAACAUCUCUCAGCCGGUCCAAUUAUCCCUAGAAGAUGAUCCAGUUGACCUUCUUUCCUUGUCCAAAAAGAAGAGCAUCUAUGGUGCCGCGAAUUAUGAUUACGUGACCUCUUAUGUCUGGGCAAAUAAUGAAACUGUCCAAGAAGCUCUUCACAUAAAAAAGGGAAAAAUAACUGAAUGGAAAAGAUGCAAUAAGAGCUUAUCCUAUGAAGAAGACGUACCAAGUGUUUUCGAGCAUCAUCAACUUCUCAAUGAGAAGGGCUUUCAAGCCUUGGCAUACAGUGGUGAUCAUGACAUGGCUGUACCUUACAUGAGCACUUUAAAAUGGAUACGCCAUCUCAAUCUCACCCUUGAUGAGGAAUGGAGGCCUUGGACUGUGGAUGGCCAAAUUGCAGGAUACACAAUGAAAUACAAAAACAAACAAGCCGAACUCACCUUUGCGACGGUGAAGGGUGCAGGCCAUACAGCUCCAGAAUACAAGCCCAAACAAUGUUUCGCAAUGAUCAAAAGAUGGUUAUCUUUAUAUCCACUGUAGAUCUUUUGAACAGUGUCCGAUUAUUCCGAGUAUGUGUUUAGGGCUUCAAAGUUAGAGGUUCCUACAACAUUUCUCUUUCAUAUGUAUUAUUUAUCAUAUAUUACAAUAAGUGAGUGUUC